GUAUCUAUUUGUGUAUUCCUGUAUUAAUUUAUAUAUGAUAGGCCUACUUAGUUAUCUUUUUGUCCUCCAGUGUUAUGUGGGACUUAGGCUAUUCAUAAUAAUGCAUCAGAAUUUUAUUUGUUAUUAAACUGAGUCUGCUAGCGAGUAAUACAAAGUAGUGACAUAAAUGUAGUGGAGUGAAAAGUACCCCCAGGUGGUGCAGGACAAGUAUGAAGUAGCAGAAAAUUCAAAUACUCAGGUGAAGUACAAGUACCUCAAAAUAAUAGACUACUUAAGUCCUGCAGUACUUGAGUUAAUGUGCUAUAGUUGCAUGGCAGCCUGCAGACAGAUGAACAAUGAUAACCUAUUUCAAACAGUGAUGCUGUUCACCGGCGCGUCCUCGGUGUGUCUGCGCUCUGCAGGCGGUCAGGCUGCGCGCUUAUUGGCUGCCGGCUGGAAGAGAGGGCGGGUUAACGGCCGGAGCGUGAGCGAUGGAAGCUGACAGGAUGCAGCUUCGCCUCAGCGGGCCUCAUCCCUCCGUCCUCCCGGCGAUGCGCUGUGCGUUAUGACGCCAGGCCGUUUGACGACUGCAUUACGUGGGACUGUCAGAGCAACACAACAGCCUGGAUCUCCGUUAUGUAAUGCAUCGGAUGCUGCUGCACGGCGGGAAGAAGCAGGGAAAAACUGACGGAUGGCUGAUUUAGUGACAAUUGAACACUGAAGGUGCAGACGUCUGCUGUCGGCAACACCGAUGAUAAAUGUAAAUCCGUGCUGAGUGCGGUGUGAUUGAGCCCGUCUGGGCAUCAGUGGCCUAUCCCUGAGGCGCACAGACGUCUGGAGCCUGCGGAACCUGCACAGCCUUGUCUUUCUUUUUCCAUCUUUAGCAAACCAGAGGCGAUUCUCUGUUUAAAUCCGUCUCCUCCAUCAGUGGAAAUAAACCAAUGCGGGUUUGUUUCAGAGGACAAACAGGUUCUGAUUUUGUUCUCCGUCGCACCGGUCUCAUCCAGCAGCCACUGCGCUGUAGUAUAAACAAUGGCGGGUCCCGAGCAGUCCCAGCAGCAGCAGCAGGUAGAGGAGAAGGCAGAGCACAUAGAUGAUGCUGAGAUGGCCCUGCAAGGGAUCAACAUGCUGCUCAACAACGGAUUCAAAGAGAGCGACGAGCUCUUCAGGAGAUACAGGACCCAGAGCCCACUGAUGAGCUUCGGGGCCAGCUUCGUCAGUUUCCUGAACGCCAUGAUGACAUUUGAGGAGGAGAAGAUGCAGACGGCCUGUGAUGACCUGAGGACUACUGAGAAGCUGUGUGAGAGCGACAGCGCCGGAGUCAUCGAGACAAUCAGAAACAAGAUUAAAAAAAGUAUGGACUCCCAGAGGUCAGGCGUUGUGGUUGUGGACCGCCUACAGAGACAGAUUAUUGUUGCCGACUGUCAGGUGUACCUCGCCGUGCUCUCUUUCGUCAAGCAGGAACUUUCAGCUUACAUCAAAGGAGGCUGGAUUCUACGCAAGGCGUGGAAAAUGUACAAUAAGUGCCACAGUGACAUCAGCCAGCUGCAGGAGGCCUGUCAGCGCAGGUCCUCUGUCCACCAGGAGUCCCUCUCGACUGACAACGCCAACCACAACGCACCAGUGGAGAACUGCGUGACAGCCGAGGCCCUGGACCGGCUCAAGGGCUCCGUCAGCUUCGGCUACGGCCUCUUCCACCUGUGUAUCUCCAUGGUACCGCCACACCUGCUAAAGAUCAUCAACCUGCUGGGUUUCCCUGGUGACCGUAUCCAGGGUCUGUCCUCCCUUAUGUAUGCGAGUGAGAGUAAGGACAUGAAGGCACCACUGGCUACGUUGGCCCUCCUGUGGUACCACACAGUAGUGCUGCCUUUCUUUGCUCUGGAUGGCUCUGACACACAUGAGGGGUUACUUGAAGCCAAAGCUAUUCUGCAGAGGAAGUCAGUGGUUUACCCCAACUCAUCCCUCUUCAUGUUCUUUAAAGGACGGGUUCACAGGCUAGAGUGCCAUAUCAACAGUGCUUUGGCCUGUUUCCAUGAUGCAUUAGAGCUUGCAUCAGACCAAAGAGAGAUCCAGCAUGUGUGUCUCUAUGAGAUUGGUUGGUGUAGCAUGAUAGAGAUGAAUUUUGAAGAUGCAUACAGGUCAUUUGAAAGGCUGAAGAACGAGUCGCGUUGGUCACAGUGCUACUAUGCCUACUUGACCGGAGUGUGUCAGGGUGCUGCAGGUGACCUGGAUGGAGCAAGUGGAGUUUUCAAAGAUGUGCAGAAGCUGUUUAAGAGAAAAAACAACCAGAUAGAGCAGUUUGCUGUCAAAAGGGCUGAGAGAUUGAGAAAGAUCUCGCCCACCAGAGAGCUAUGCAUCCUCGGUGUCAUUGAAGUGCUGUAUCUGUGGAAAGCGCUUCCAAACUGCUCAUCAUCUAAACUGCAGAUAAUGAAUCAGGUGUUACAGAGUUUAGAUGAGGCUUCGUGCAGAGGCCUGAAACACCUACUUCUUGGUGCUGUUCACAAAUGUCAUGGAAAUAUGAGGGAUGCUAUUCAGUCAUUCCAGCUGGCUGCUAGAGAUGAGUACGGACGGCAGAUCAACUCGUACGUUCAGCCGUAUGCCGUCUAUGAGCUUGGAUGUAUACUUCUUGCAAAACAGGAGACUCUGGGAAAAGGGAGAUCAUUGCUACUUCAAGCAAAGGAGGAUUUUACAGGCUACGACUUUGAGAACAGGCUUCAUGUCCGCAUUCAUUCAGCCCUGGCAUCUUUGAAGGAAGUAGUGCCUCAGUGACUCCAGGAAAGAAUGGGAAGCUACGAUGGCUAAAGCAAUGCUCAUGGCUUUUUACACCAUGUUUUAAGCCAUUCAGAAUAACUGUAUCAUCCCAGUGAACAGACUCAUGUGUUCUUCAUUCUUAAAGGAUUUGGGGAAAUUCACUUGUUAGUCAUCUUAACCUGGCAAACUGAUAUGAAGUGUCAUCUUUAUGCAUCUUGUACAUAGAUAUUACAUAUAGGGAAUAAGGUAAAUAGAAAUGGCUAGCCAAGGUAUGGCUAGCAAGUUAAAAACUAUGGCUAAAAACUUGACGUCGCGACACCACCAUCAUCUUUACUUGGGGAAAAGGAGGUGUGUAUUCUGUGGUCUGCAUGCUGCAUAAUCUUGAGUGAGCUUUAGUUUCUUAUUCUUUCUGGUCAGUUUCGCAACCUUGAGUUACAUUUGGAUUGAAGAAUACUGAGGGAUUUAAGUCCUUCAUUGGGUGAUUUUAAGGAAAAAUGGGAAAGAAAACUCACUGCGAUUGGCCUUGAUUCAUGCCUUUGGUUAUCUGACAUGAUACCACAACCUUUGUGCUAGCUUAAUAAGAUGACUGAAGUACGAGUAUGAAUAAAGUACUUUUAAACGGGCCAUGCCUGGGCUUAUAAUGACCACCAAAAUGUGAGACCAAACACACAGGCUCAGAGUGUAACUAUUACACCAUUAUGAUAUGACUCACUGGUGUUAGAUUUGUUUAUUAUUCUCACCUGUUAUUAAAUGGGUAGAGCAGACAUAAAUGUGAUUUGACUUGGGCCAUCAGAGUCUGUUUUGGUUGACACUCCUAUUGGUGUUUACUCGAGCCCUCCCGAUGGCCACCAGCCACUUUUUCCCUUGCAAUUCCUCAGCUGGUUUGAUAUGAAACUGCAGGCUUUGGUCUUGUUAGUCGAACAACCAGUCACAAAGCAGCUCUUUGGCAUGUUGGCGUGUUGGCGUCACAAAAAAAUAAUCUUAAUUUGCAGCUUUUCUGAGCAGUUACCAGAAGAUGUGACCUUCCCCCCCGCGUCACAGUUGCGUAGCAACAACAGACAGGACGUUGACGUCAUGAAUGAAACCAGUAUAGUCUCAUCUUGUUAACCAGCAAGCUAGUCACCAGUGCAUCUGUACUUGGGAUGGGACUUUUGAGACGCUGCAAGUCACAAAGCAGUUGGUGGUGAAAAAAUUGUAAAAAAUUUCUGUUUCAUAUCGUCUUCAUUAAUCGUAGGCCCUGUAUACAUAAGACACAUUUAGUGUUGUCAAUUUUUGUUCACUUUGCUAGAGCUAAUCUAGCUGUAUCCUUUUGCUUUCUGCCUUAGCACUGAGCUAAGCUAAACACGUCCCUGCCUAUUUCUGAACAGGAUACACAGAGAUGACAUUAAUAUCAAACCUUGACACCGGGCAAAAUAACAAACAAGCAUAUUUCCUCAAAUCUCUAACUGUCUAACUGUUACUUUCUUUGAGUGUUUACCACACCCAAAUGUAUUAGCUAGUGAGUAAGAAUUUUCUUCUUUAACUUGUGUAUUUGGAGGAUUUCAGUCAUGCCUCCUUUCAGUGAGCAAUCCACCACAUAAAAAUAACAUUUUAAUGAGAUCAUAUUUCUUUAACAGUUACUUUAUAAUGAGUAAUAAAAGAUAAAGGUAUUAGUGUUUUUCUUUAAAGUGGAAACAGACAACUCUUAGCUUUUUUAAGUGGUGUUUUUGUUGGCACCACAGAUGCAAAGACAGCCACAUUGCUUUGCAUUUACCUCAGAGCUGAGCAACGGGGCAGUCUGUCUUUUUCAUGCUUACCUCGGAUGCUCCGCUGCCCAUCAUUUCCACUACUGGGGAUUGUAACUGCAAAGAACUGACACCGAUGCUCUUUGGUAAUUGGGGAUAGCAACUAAUAGCUACUGGGUGCUAUCCUCGUCCUCUUUGGGUUGCACAAUGGUUCAUACACUUCUUUUGUGCCAUAAAUGGAGCCUUCAGCUUUGAAAAGCGAGAUCCUGUGGUGCAGGCCUCUAGAGAUGGCUUGCAAGCUACAAACAGACAAAACAAAAUAUUCUUAGAUGAGCAAGAAAUCAACGAGUGUACCAGAAAAGUACACUGCCUGACAACAGUAGUAAACACAGACGUACUGCCAAACAUUGCAGUUGUGUACUAUAAUUCCAAUUGUUGCUUAUCUCAAAGUCAAAAUUAUUUUGUACAGCUUUGUUUCCGAGGGGGUCUGCUUUUAUAGUGAUCCCUCAUUAUAAGCCAGCAGCAAAAUAAUCUUCUUUCCCCAGUGUGGUUGCUAUUUCUAUCCAAGAAUUGAAAGUCAUGUGACUGUCUCUGUGGCCUCUCAAUGAACAGUUAUAGAGAAGCCUAUACGGGCAAACCUGCUCGGCCAGUUUUCCCUCGAAUGGGUCACUGUUGAACUGAAAAAUUGCAGUGCCCGUAGUGGGCGCCUAGUUUUUGUUGCUCAAACAAGAGACGAAACAUCUUUCAUAGCCUUUGCUCAAGACGACUGUGAUUGGUUUAAAGAAACAAAAACAAGCCUGAGAGUUUUUUCCUCCCUUAUAGCUUAAAAAAAUAAGACUGACAUAGCGCUGUGGAGAUCUGGCUAUGCAAGACUUGUGAAAGCAAGGCUGAAAGGGAACCAAGCUAAACGCUUAAAUUUAUUCUUUAGCUGUUACAUGAUGCAAUCACCAUUAAAUUAAAGCAAAAAACUUGUCUGUUUCCACUUUAAAACAUGCAGACGACAUUUGAGCAUCAAUAAUGAUCACAUAUCAUGAAGAAGAAAAGGGAAUAAUAAGUCAAAUUUAAUAUCUGAUUUGAUAUAUUCUCAUAAAGGACUCCAUGGGUUGUUAAUUUUUCAGCAGUUAUCAGCAGUAGUGCUUUUCCCAAUUAAAUUGUCAAACAUCUGCUUGUCAAAUUGCAAACACAAAGGGGCCACUUAUGAUAUCCACGAAGGAAAUCAAAUGACAAACUUGUAGUUGAAUUAGUUCCUUUGGGAAUAGUUAAAUAAAAAAAAUGUCACCAGUCACCGAAAAUCACACGUAGUUACAACUCGGCUGCUGUGAGUUAGUUAUUCACAUUCAAGUAGUUAGACAUCAUACAUUUGAAGUGAGUGAGUAGUCACCACACUUUAAUGCCCUAAUGAAGUUUUUUAUGGGGCAUUGAUCCUGUGCACUAUGCAUGGUAUGGCAGGGUAACAGUGGCUUUAAGACUGUACUGAAGUCAAAUGUACCUGUAUGUCCAUUCCUGCAAACACAUGUAUAAGGUAUUAUGAUACAGUACACUCUGUGCUGUAGUGUUACCAUUGAAAGGUGCUGUUAAAUGUCAGCCUAAUAAUCAUAUAUUACUAGUGACUCAUUUUUAAUAGUGUUUUAGUGAAACAAGCUUUUGAAUUAGUUCAUAAUAGUGACAAGUUUAUUUAUUACAUAACAGAAGUUGUACUUUUGCAAGUGUCAUUUGCAGUAUGCUAUUUUAGUUUGAAGUCCUGUGAUGGCCAGCAGGAUACACUGAUUCAAAAAUAUGAUCUUGAAUUGGAUAAAGGUUAAUAUUUCUGUGAUUUUAACGAACGUUCUCGUCACAGUUUCACACUGUACAUAUGAUUCAUUCUGUGCAGGGUAUUGCCUUUUAUUAAUGAGCACUCUUUUUGUCAUGCAAGCAAUAUAAGCGACAGGAGGGCAUCUCACAGUAAUUUACAGAGGCUUUCAAACAUCUGUGUUUUUAAUCCCAUGUUUAAGGUUGUGGUAAAUUUGUUUUGCUCACGCUAAGCUGAUUCGACAAAGCCAGUCAUCCCCUGUGGCUGUGAUGGAUGUUAAACUGUGGUAAAUGUUGAGGUGACCGCCGUGCGAGUGGGCAGUGCGGUGCAAGUACCGGUGAAAUGUCAGUAACCUACCUGCUGUACCAAAAUACUUCUGUCACUGAAAGAAUUCUCCCUUUUGUCAUGAGAUUUUGUUUAAAUGGGGUUAUAUGUCAGGAUGGUGGUGGUCCAAUGUGUCACUGAACUCUACAAUAAACUGUUCUU